AUGCCCUCCGCCCCUGCACGCGGGCUUGCCUGCCUGCCUCUGCACCGAGCACUGCCUUCUGUAGUCUCUUCCGUCCGCGUCUUGUCGCCAGCAUGCGUCGGCUUCAAUCAUAGGAGCCGCCUCUCGGCCAACAUCCAGCGCCGUUCCAUCCACAACUCUGAGCGCAUGGCCAUUAGCUCCUCGGACCGUCGAACCAACACUCUUGCCGAGCUGCCCGCCGUCGACCCUACCACUCAACCACCCAGCUCUGAACCCAAGAGCGCUCCUCUGUCGGUUCUGCCGCUGGCCAUGAUUCUCCGCUCCCUCCUCACAACAGUCGUCUCUUCUUCCCCCUUUCUCCUCCCGCCUUCGCUCCGCAUCAUGUCUCUUCUCGCCAACACCCAAAACCCCAUCCUUAACCCCGACAAGAACCCCCUUCUUCGCUUCUUCCUCAAGAAGACCUUCUACGCCCAAUUCUGUGCUGGCGAGAAACCCGCCGAAGUCCAGGCUACCGUCGCUCGCCUCAAGAACAUUGGCUUCAGCGGCGUCAUUCUCGGUUAUGCCAAAGAGGUUGUCCUGACCGAGGACCAGGCCAAAGCUGUUGCCGCCGUGGAUCAAGGAAAGGAGACUGCUGCCGACAUUGCCAACGAGAUCGACCCUUGGGCUCUUGGUACCCUCGAGACUGUCACCCUCGCUGAGCCCGGUGACUACGUCGCCCUCAAGUUCACUGGUGCCGGCCGCCUAGCCCUGUAUCAGCUUUCGCAGAACAGCGAGCCUUCCCCCUACCUGUACAAGUCUAUUGACGCCAUCUGCGCUCUGGCUCAGCAGCGCGGUGUUCGUCUUCUCUUCGACGCUGAACAGGAUGCACUUCAGGAUGGCAUCGACAACUGGACCAUGACCUUUGCCCGCAAGUACAACACUUCUCCCGAGACUGCUACCGUCUAUGGCACCUACCAGACGUACAAGAAGAAGACCCCCGCCGUUAUCUCGCGCCACCUGGCCGAGGCGAAGGAGGGUGGCUUCAGCCUCGGUGUCAAGCUGGUUCGUGGCGCCUACCUUAACUCUGACCCCCGCCACUGCUUCUGGGAGAGUCAGGAGGGUACCGAUGCCUGCUUCAACAGUAUUGCGGCUGGUGUCCUCACCCGCCAGUGGGGGCCCAUGAUUGAGGGCAAAGGUGAAUUCCCCGACGCCCACGUGGUUCUUGCCACUCACAACGUCGAAUCUGUCCGCCGUGCCCGCGCCAUCUGCGACGCUGGCGGUGCCAAAUCGGGCGUUGCCUUUGCCCAGCUUCAGGGCAUGGCUGAUGAGGUCAGCUGCGAGCUUGUCGAGGCUGGCAACGCUAACAGGGCCUCCGACCUUCCCGUCUUCAAGUACCUUGUCUGGGGAAGCACCGGCGAGUGCAUGAAGUACCUACUACGACGUGCGAACGAAAACAAGGACGCCGUCGGUCGCACACGCAGCGGUCGCGAUGCCAUGUGGGCUGAACUUGUUCGCCGAUGCAAGGCUACUUUUAGUCUUGCUUAA